AUGGGAACCUCCCAACUUCCCAGGCUCAGCCGCAUCCAUUUCUUUGCCGAGAGUUCAGGUCAUGAGGUGCUCUUGCGCUUACCUCUGGGGCGCUUGAGGAGGCCACGGCUGUACAUCUUCGGAAUCAACUUCGACAUCAUGCGGAGGACCUCCAUUCCGAAUGCAGGGGACAGCCAUGGCGCGAUGUACCUGGACCGUGAGCGGCUAUGGCUCUACAUCAAUGCUCGAGGCAUGCCCGGAGGGAGUCGUGGACAAGGAGCCAUUGUCCUGCAACUUCUUGAGGUCUUCGUUGCUGAGGUGGUCGUCUUCGUCCCGCUCGAGGAGUUCAGCCAAUUCAAAUUCGUGGAAGACCUUGCGAGGUCCCUGAACGUCUCCGAAGACCGGGUCUCACUUGUGAACAUCACGUACGAUGGGCAGAAGUGGCUCGAGGGACCGAACGGCCGGCGAUUGCGGAUGGUGGACACCUUGCGGAUCGAGUUUGAAGUCUCCGAGGACCCGGAUAUCCUAGACUUGGCCGUACUUCUGGAUGCGCCCUGGGAGUCCAUGGGAGCCAGCGAUGCUUUCUUUGAAGAUUCCGUGGCCCAGGUACCUCCUGAGGCGCUGUCGGUCGCCAGCAUCCGCAACCUGUCUACAACUUUCCAGGUGACCUUCGCAGAGGAGUUGGUGGACGGGCACGGCGAGCGGCAGAGUGGCUCAGGAAGCACGUCGAGUAAGUCGGAGUUCAGCUCAGAGGACAGUGACUCCGACGAUGAGCAGGCGGAAGGAUGGAAAGAUGGAGAUGAGGCUUCACCCGAGCAGCUUAGCCGAAAGCGGCGGACUGCGGUGGAGAUGCAGAAGGUCGACUUCACCCCAUCUUGGGCUCAGGCUCAAUCGGAGGAUUUAAGCCUCCUGAGACUGAUCAUCGCCGUCAACAAUGUCACUGCCAACUCGGACAAGCCAGAGAUCCCGACACAGGGGACAGAUGUGGCCGGAGCUGCUGCAGAGAAGCUCCUUCGAUGUAUCAAUGCCAUCGUGGAGGAGAAGCGUGCCCAGUUCCUACACCUGAGGCUUCAGUGGUUGGUCUUCCAUCUACACAGCAAGACCAACGUGACCGAGGACAAAUUCAAGCUGCCAGAAGCUUUGGAGACGCCUCGUUCACAACAAGCGCAGAAUGCUCGGGAGAUGCUACGUGCACAUCUGAUGGCGGUGCUCCGUGCUCAUGAGCAGAGCGGCGAGAGGGUCAGCUCUCCCAGAUCGGCUUGGACUGGCGAUGCAGCCGGUGAGAGCGAAGGCCCGACGAUCUUGCCGAAGAAGGUCCUGGGUCUUAUGGACAUGAUUGAAGAGUACAGCUUGAAGGGACAGGCCGUCUUCCAAAAGAUCGCCGACUACGUGGCCCAGAUGACCCCCAGUGAGCUGCAGGUUGCGGGCCGCGUUCUCAUGGACACGUCGCUCCAGGCAGACUUGGCGGAAUCCCACCACCGUCUCCGAGCCUUCAAAGCCGUGGUGUCUCAUGAUGACGAUCAAAGCGAUCUCGCCAGCCUCACCUGGAAGGGACUGCUGAAGAAGAUGGUGGCAGAAGGAGUGAAGCCUGAGAAGAUCCGCGAGGCUUUGUCCACACAGAAGAUUGAGCUGGUCUUGACUGCACACCCGACGGAAGCCCAGAGGCGAAGCGCCCUGAAGAAGCACGAGGACAUGCUGAGCUAUUUGCAAAAGUAUGACGGCAAGGACUCGCUCACCCCAGGACAGCUGCAAGGCCUCGAUGACGAUAUCAAGGCUGUGCAGUGGAGCUGUUGGCGUACGAACACGGUGCGACGCACCAGGCCCACUCCGGAGGGAGAAGCGCGCAAUGGCAUGCUGGUCAUCGAGGACACUGUCUGGAAGGCGGUGCCGGAGUACUACCGCCGCAUCGACCGCUGCUUGAGGCGAAUUGGCCAACCUCAGCUUCCUUACGGCUCAUCGAUUCUGAAGUUGAGCAGCUGGAUGGGAGGAGAUCGUGAUGGCAAUCCCAAUGUGACGUGGCACACGACCAAGCAAGUGGUGACGCUGCUUCGCUGGCGUAUCGUGGAGCUCUACUACCGCGAGGUGGAUGAGUUGCUUUACGAGCUGAGCAUGACGGGUGAGACCAGCGAGGAGCUUCAGCGGGAGAUCGAGGCAGUCAGCAGCAUGUGGUCGGCCCCUACGGUGCCCGGAGGCAAGGUUUGCCGCCCCGACCAGCGUAGCGGUGUGCAUUGGAACUUCCACACCGGCGUGGCCGCCGACGAGCCCUACCGAAGGCUUCUGAUGGCCGUGCGCAGGCGCUGCUGGCGAACGAAGAAGACGAUGGAGGCCAUGUACAUGGGCAGCCACGCAGAUUCGGACUUCGAGAAGGAGGUUCUGACGUCCGUGGACGAGCUUGCUCGGCCCCUGGAGAUUAUCUACCGCUCUUUGGUGGAGAGUGGCGAUGAGGCGGUGGCCAACGGCCGACUUCUGGACCUCAUCCGCCGCGUCCGCACCUUUGGCAUCAGCAUGGCCUGCUUGGAUGUGCGCCAGGAAAGCGACCGCCACUCAGAGGCCUUGGAGGCGAUCACCGAAUUCCUAGGCCUGGGCAAAUACAGCUCCUGGUCCGAGCAGGAGAAGUGUGACUGGCUCGUGAAGGAGAUCGAGUCGAAGAGGCCUCUCUUGCCUGACGAUCUCGAAGCCAGCGACAUCGUCAAGGAAGUCUUGGCUACCUACAAGACCAUCUCUGAAUUGCCCAUCGAAGCCUUGGGUGCUUACUGCAUCUCCAUGUCCCGGGCUACCUCGGAUGUCCUUGCUGUGUGCUUGCUGCAGAAGAUCGGAGGCGUGAAGAAGUUCAUGCGUGUCAGCCCCCUCUUCGAGACCCGCGAUGACUUGAUCAAUGCCCCCAAGGUGAUCGACGCCGCCUUUAGCGUGCCAUGGUACAAGAAGCACAUUCAGGGCAGCCAGGAGGUCAUGCUGGGCUACUCGGACUCGGUGAAGGAUGCUGGAAAAUUUGCCUCUACCUGGGAGCUGCAUGUGGCCAUGGAGAAGAUCCUGGAGGUCGGCAAGAAGCACGGUGUCAACGUGACCUUCUUCCACGGCCGCGGUGGCUCCAUCGGACGCGGAGGUGGCCCUCCUCACCUGACUCUCCUGGCCCAGCCUCAGGGCUCCCUGGAACGAGGCCACCUUCGCUUGACCAUUCAAGGUGAAACCAUUGGCCGGCACUUUGCCAGCGCUGAGGUCGCCGAAAGGACGCUGGAGCGAUACUCCACGGCUGUGCUGAGGCACACCCUCACCCCACCGCCACUCCCAAGCCCGGAGUUCCGAGCAGCCAUGCAGGAACUGGCCGACAUUUCCGCAGAAGAGUACCAGAAGACCGUGUUCAAGAGCGAGAAUGAUAUCUUCGUCCGCUUCUUCCACACCUACACUCCCACUUCCGAGCUCGGGCAGAUGAACAUCGGAAGCCGCCCCGCCAAGCGGAGGGCCUAUGGAGGCAUCGACACGCUCCGGGCCAUUCCCUGGAUCUUCGCCUGGACCCAGACUCGACUGCUUCUGCCGGUCUGGCUCGGCAACGGCCUCGCUCUGCAGAAGUACAUCGAUGCCGGGAAGCUGCCCCUCCUCCAGAAAAUGUACCAGGAGUGGCCCAUGUUCCAGUCCAUGCUCGACCUGAUUGACAUCGAGCUCGGAAAGGCCCAGCCAGACCUGGCCAAGCAUUACGAGACCAAAACUUUGAAAGAAGACGACUUGAAGAAGUUGGCGCAGCAUCUGCGUGACGGUCUUCAGCAAGCUAUCACGAACGUCCUCAAGGUCAAGGGUGCUGAGAAGCUGCUGACCAAGGACCCUGUGGUGAAGCAGUCCAUCGCGAUGCGACGACCAUUCCUGGACAUCUCGCAUGUGAUCCAGGCGGAAGUGCUCCAGAGGCUUCGGGAUGCGCAGGCCAAAGACGAGGAGCCGCCGAAGGAGCUGAGGGAUGCCAUGAUCAUUUCCAUCCAG